AGAGGGUUACAUAGACGCUUGUGGACUUCUUCUGGUCGUCACAAAUUGAAUUCCUCGAUUUGCCUAAAAACUCGACAUCGGACUCUCAGCUGCUUUCUCUCUGUCCCCAUGGCGAAUCCGACGGAAAACCUCGACGCGAAUCAACCAAUCCGAGAACCAGAAGAUGAAGUGGAAGAAGUCGAAGAACUGAACGGCGACGAAGAAGAAGAGGAAGAAGUGGAGGACGACGAAGAUACCGUAUCGAAAUCUCAAACGCGCGAUGGCCGAUCCAGUGUGGACAGUACCAAGGUGGAAUCUCUUUUCCGUCGGAUGAGAGAAUCUCCUGUGCCGGUGCGUGUGCACGACGUGAUCGUCAAAGGAAACGAGAAGACCAAGGACCACAUCAUCGAGGCGGAGGUGGACGCUGUGAGAGAGGCGACCACGUUGCAGGAGAUUCUCGUAGCCUCUAGGGUCGCCAAUUCGAAUCUCCAAGCGCUCGAUAUCUUCGAUUCCGUCAACAUCACGCUCGAUUCUGGUCCUCCAGAGCUCCCUGGCACCACCAAUGUGAUCGUCGAAGUUGUCGAGAGCAAAAGCCCUCUCACCGGCCAAAUCGGCGCCUACACUAGAGCUGGGGCUAGAUCAUCAAGCGUUGAAGCGUCUUUGAAGUAUAAGAACAUUUUUGGGUAUGGAGAUAUUUGGGACGGGUCUGUAGUUUAUGGCUGUGACAACUCUGCUGAGGUUGGCAUGGGGAUGUAUUUGCCAAGGUUCAGAGGACUCCCUUCUCCUUUUAGCUCCCGUCUUUUCCUUUCGACUCAAGACUGGCUCAAGUUCUCUUCUUAUAAAGAACAAUCUCUCGGGCUUUCUCUCGGGCUUCUCUCGAGCAAGUAUCACGAGCUGGUCUACACGGUUGCGUGGCGGAACCUGAUCGACCCGUCCCGUACGGCUUCGGAAUCGAUAAGGAGGCAGCUGGGACACAGUCUGCUUUCUGCGUUGAAGUAUACUUUUAAAUAUGACCAGAGAGACUCUUACGUGAGGCCAACAAGUGGAUACGCUUUCACCUCUUCUUCUCAGAUCGGUGGUCUCGCUCCUGAUAGCCGAAGCCUACGCUUCUUGAAGCAGGAAAUCGAUCUUCGGUAUGCUGUACCGUUCGGGUUUUGCAAUGCUGCUCUCAACUUUGGUGUGGCUGGGGGAGUCACCUUCCCAUGGGGAAGCAGGUACCAGAACCGCCGUUCCUCUGUGCCGGAGAGAUUCUUCUUGGGUGGAAACUCAUCGCCUGUGUGCUCCUUGGAUGGGCCAUCCGCUCUAUGGGGAUUUAAGACCAGAGGACUUGGUCCCAACGAGGCAAAGAGGAAAGGCGACGAUGAAAGAGACUUUGUGGGAGGAGAUGCUGCGGUGACUGCGUUUGCGGAUCUGUCGUUUGAUUUUCCGGUGAGAUGGUUAAGAGAGAGAGGAAUCCACGGGCAUGUGUUUGCUUGUGCGGGGAAUAUGGCGAAGCUAUCAGAGAAUGAGUUUAGAAACUUCACUGCUCCAAAGUUCUUGGAGACAUUCAGAACUUCGGUUGGUGCUGGAAUCGUCUUACCAACUAGUCUCUUCCGUAUGGAGCUUAACUACUGCCAUAUAAUGAAGAAACAAGAACACGAUCGAGCGAAAUCUGGUUUUUUCGUGACAUUCUCGGCCGCGUCCUGAGAAAUUUUAGUUGAAUAUAUGAUAUGGCCUUUCAUUUAGUUUUCUUUCUUAAGCCGUGCCGCAAUGUCUGGCAGAAUCUUUGGUUUCAGGCAGGUGAGAUGAUUUCAUUGUUGAAUCUGAAAAAAUCUUAGAAAGAGUUUGGUUCUUUUAUCAUGUUUCCAUGGAACCCUCAUUUUUGGAUUCAAGAGGAAUAAAAAAAGGGAAGAUGAUUUGUUCACCUUGGUUUUUUCUUUUACGAAACGAAGCCAAUAGAUUGUUGAUAUUUAUUUUUUUUGGGAAAUAUUCUCAGUUAGAUUGGUUAAGAUUUCGGUUUAGCUUGGUCGUGGUCUCUCUUACGCUGUCUUGAGCCAACUUGUCUGUUUGUUUCUCUGUAAAUAAACAACUAUGUUUCCU